UUUUCACAAUGCGCCUCCCUCUCCAGGAUAUGACGCCCAGCAGCAAGCUUUACAGCAGCAACAGCAGCAGCAGCAGCAAUCGCAGCAGUACAUGGGAAUGGCCGAUGCACCGAUGGUUGGGUCUGAUUACGGUCCACACGCGAAUGGCAAUCUCCAGACUAUGCCCGCUGCUUAUGCCACCAACGGCCUGCACAGUCCCGCACCUACGGAUAUAUGCGGAACCGCGAGCCCGGGCUCGAGCAUGGAACAGCGGACUAAUACGUACGCAUACAACUCGUCGCCGUAUGCGUAUUAAAUCACGAGGUAGCAGUGCCUCGUCCACCAGGCCGUUUAAAGUUACAUACACAAAUGACGAGUGUGACCACAUACCGUAGUGGCUGCUAAUCUACGGCGUCGUGUACGGUUGAAUAAUUUUAUUUUCAGGACAGAACGCAUGUGCCCCAAAAUUAUCGGCACCGACGGGUUGCACAUACACUACCGAUCACUAUGCUAUUAUUACCACAAACAACAAGAACUAGCUCUGGCAGCAAGCAAGGUUUUUUUUUUUUUUUUUUUUUAAAGAGCUCCUGCGGAGGCUGGACAGUAGACGAUUACACAAUAACGGCCGGCUUGCAUCAUUUUUCUUU